GAUAAUAAACAGUGAGAAGAUGUACCGUAACAAAACGCCUACCGUUCAGAGUUCUACUUCUGGUAAUGCACCAAGUAAUCAAUCACAUGCAGAAUUAUUGAAAAAGAAACGUUCUUAUGCAGCAACUAGUUAUCUGCCAUACGUGAAUUCUACGGGGAAUGGACCCGGUUCUAAUCCGAGUACAAAACGUACUCGUCUGCAAACUUCCAAUCAAGAAUGCCAAAAUUCUGUAGCAGAUGGACUGAAUUCUAGUAGUACUGUUGUCACCACAGAACGAACUACUACUGGGAUUAGAGUUAGUGCACGUCUUCAGCAACAAAGUGUUAAUGAUCAGCCAGUGGUAAACACCAUAGCUGAAGAGCGAGAUGAUAAUGUGAUGUCAGAUAUUAAUCAGGAGCCUCCUUCAGGUACAACCAAAAAGGUGCGAGGGAAGACAAGAGGAGUGAAUGCAGAUAAGGUGUUCUCCCAAUUGAAUUCUAAAAUACCUGUGACUCUGACUGAAGAAAAUGGCAGAGCUACGGGCCCUUAUGCUGAGAUGUUUGCAAAUGAUAUUGGUUACACAAUUCGAAACUACGCCCCCACUGAAUGUGGAAAAAUGGAAGAAGAUUGAAAAAGCAGAUGUGGAGAACUUGAUCAAGAGAAUGCA